UGCCAGCCAAUCAAAUGGCCUAUACUCCUGUUUUUUGAAACUUGCAUAUGUUGACCAUAAGGCGCGACAAAAUACAGAGUAGAUUGUGUUUGUGUGUAACGUUACUCGUUCAAUUUAACGGGAGCUGAUUCAUUGAACGUGUUUCAGUGACACUGGCAAGCACAUUGUUUUGUUUUUCGCUAAAACAAGAAUAAAAAAUGGACUUGGAUUCCAUGAAGUAUGCCGAAUUGCGCAGUCUUGCAAAGGAGGUUGGUCUCAAAUCCUCCAAACUGAAGGCUGAUAAACUCCUGAAGGCGCUCAGGGAGUAUUUCCAACAACAACAAACGCAGGAAGAUGUUGCAGUGGACCAGGGAGGUGAGACUGGUGUUGAUGCACAGGAUAACACGGUUAACAGCAACUCAACUCAGGAUGAAAACAAUUCAGCACUGGUUGAUGAGCUGUCACCAAAACCUCCAGCUCGGGAGUUUGUGACCAAACGUCGUGGUAGAGGGCAACCGAAAAUGAGGAAGGAGCCUGAAGAUGAGGAGGCAGAAUGUGACCCUGCCAAAGCGCCACUCACCCCGGCUGAGGUGACUGAAUCCAUCAUCGGCGAAGGGAGUUCCAAGAGAAGGAGAGUGUCUGCUGCUAAGGAUUCUGGGGUGGCUGUGCCUGAACCCGAACACAAAGUUACAGCAGUGAUGUUCGGAGUGGGACAGAAGGUGGUGAAGCCAGUAGGAAAGAUCCCUCGCCACGAGGGGCUCCUGAAGAGGACUAAGUCUAUGUUGAAGCCUACUACACCAAACUUCAGAAAGCUCCACGAGGCGCAUUUCAAAAAGAUGGAGUCAAUUGAUUCAUACGUGGACAGGAAGACCAGGAAAAUGGAUUCAUUCAGGAAUUCAGUGAAUGAAUUGAAGAGCUCAACCUCGAGCCGCGUCUCCCUGUUCAGCCCUGCAUCCCAGAAACCAGUUCCCGACAGACGUAGACUUACCCAGGUUUCAGACAGCAAACCAGCUCCCGACAAACGUAGAAUCUCGGCCAGAAAACCCCCCCAGAAGGACACUGUUGUCCCAUUCAGACCCACAGUCUUGUCCACACGCCGGAUCAACGUUCGGUUCUCUCAAGCUACUCAGGAUAAUGAGCACAAGAAGACUAUGGCGAAGACGCCAGCACGCAUGGCACCCCGCGUGGACCACCUCACUCCUGAGAAAGAGACUACGUUUAGAGGGAAAUCUGAAGUCAACAAGACCUUUGUUCUCUCCAGCGCUAAGACACCAGCGUUUGUGUUUAAUGCGAACACCAGUGUUCUUUCUAACUGUCCCGAAACCAACAAGAAGGCCAACUUCGAUCUGAAGGCCAGUCUCUCUAAGACUCUCACCUAUAAGCCUCAUAAGGGAAAGCUGAAGCCAUUCAUGGUGGCCCAAGAGAACAUGGUGGACCAGACCGUUCCCUCCCACCAGAAGAACUACAAACAGCAUUCGGUUCAGACAAGGGAGGAAAGGAGGACAAAACAGACUGAAGACAGGAAGCAGAAGAAAGAGAAGGUGCUUGGAGCCAGACGAGGCCUCGUCUUGACCUGAUUAUUCUACACUUACUUUUGCUCUUGUGAAGUUUAAACUCUUUGUCAUUUCAGACCUGCUGAUUGAUUCCUAUUUCACUUUACCCUUUUCCUCUACUUUGACUUUCAGUUCCAACCUGUUUUUGAUUUUUUUUCGAUUUUUCUAUGAACUUAUAACAACGUUUAAUAAAUGUUUUUAUUAACUUUA